UAGGGGUUAAUUAUUCGUUAUUCCGUUGGUUAGCGCGUUUUCACGGGAUUACCUAUUCCGGGGUUACUCAGUUGGUAAGGGAUAACUUAUUCUAAAUUUACUCAAUCAGUUAGCGCGUUUUUUUGUGUGAGAGUCACCCCUAACCGACCGAAUAACCCUAAAUAAGUAACCCCUAACCGAGUAAUCACAGAAUAAGUAACUCCAGCCACACGGUAUGACCAGGCACGUAUAAAAACUUUUGAAUGAAAAAAGUACCAUUCUUACCAAAUUUGCCCUAAUUUACACACAUUUUAUUCACCCCUGAAUCCCCGCCACUUUCCCUCUUCCCCCCAAUUUUCCUACCAAACCCCUCUAAACAAUCCAGAAAAUAGAAAUCAAUCAAAAAUGGAAGAAAACCCAGAAGAACCCCAAAAUCAAAGGAAGAAAAGCUCCAUAGUAAUAGAAAUCCCAUCAUAUCAAGAAGUUCUUCAGAAUAAUCAACUUAAAUCAACACAACCUUCUCUUUUCACCCCUUCUCAAUCCUUCACUCAAGCUUUUGCUUCCAUUAAAAAAUCCGAAUUCUACACUCCUCCUCCUGCUCCCCCUCCUUCUACCUUUAAUUCUCAAUCUCUCUCCUCAUCAAAUGCUUCUUCUUCGGCUUCGGCUUCGGCUUUGCCCUCUUCUUCUGGGCAAACUGGGGUUUCGAAUAAUAAUAUUGUUCAGAAGAGUAAUGCCAUCAUUGUCAGCCACAGGCAGAAAGGAAACCCUCUGCUCAAGCACAUCAGAAAUGUAAGGUGGAAUUUUGCAGAAGUUAUUCCUGACUAUGUACUGGGGCAAAACUCUUGCUGUCUUUAUUUAAGUCUCCGCUAUCACCUGCUUCAUCCAGACUAUCUUUAUUUUCGCAUAAGAGAACUACAGAAGAACUUCAGACUUCGUGUGGUGCUAUGUCAUGUUGAUGUGGAGGAUGUAGUAAAGCCUUUACUUGAAGUCACAAGAACUUGUCUGCUUCAUGACUGCACUCUUCUCUGCGCUUGGAGCUUGGAAGAAUGUGGUCGAUAUUUAGAAACGAUCAAAGUCUUUGAGAACAAGCCAGCUGAUAUCAUUCAAGGACAUAUGGACUCUGAUUAUUUAUCAAGGUUGAAUCAUGCCCUUACUGCUGUACGACAUGUUAACAAAACUGAUGUAGUUACACUUGGUUCCACAUUUGGGUCUCUUUCUCAUAUCAUAGAUGCUUCUAUGGAAGAUCUAGCCCGUUGUCCUGGUAUUGGGGAGCGUAAGGUUAAACGUUUGUAUGACACCUUUCACGAACCUUUCAAACGCGUGGUGCCAAACCGCUCUGAAGCCCCUCUGCAAAAUGAUCCAACUCCAACCUCCUUAGAAAGCGAACCACCAGCUGUUGACAAGGAAUCAGAAGACACUAGCAAGCGUCAGAAAAAAGACCCAGAAGUGAUCUUAAAAUCAGCUUUGUCUGCAGCCUUUGCAAAAUAUUCAGAUAAACUUGGAAAGAAAAGCACUCCAUCAGAUAAAGAAAGUGGUGAAGGCUCAAACAUCCAAAAAGAAUCGGAAGCUGAUUCAGAAAUUUGAAGUAAGAAUCUUUACGUUUGAAAUCUCUCUUGGUGAUUGAGUCUUGGCAUAGACCCCCCCGAAAGUUUUGUGGUAAUAUAAAAAGAAAAUUCUAUCUCCUAAGAGCAUAACUAUCUGGUGUUCCGGUUUUAUCUACUGGUAUUUCUUUUCUGGACUGAUAUAAUAGUCUCAUGUAACUAUAUCUGUGUUGUAGCUUUAGCUUAGAUUAUAUGUUAGUUGAUGUAAACGUCUAUUAAGGAAAUAGUGCAUCUUUACAAAUGUAAAUGUAGGCUUAGAAUGUAAUAGUAGGAAAUUUCCUUUGCUAAUUGGCAGAUGACAAGCUGCAGCAUGCAUUUAGAGCACAUGACAUGGUCCCAAAAGUGGCAGUGACAUUUAAACAUGGGUUUGUAUUGCUUUUGGCUAUAAAUUAUGGAGUAUACCGAAAGACUCAAUAAUAAAUGUAGCAUUGUAUGAUUUAUUU